CUAUAUUUUCAUAUUUAUGCUAUUUUGCCAUUAAAGUUUCUACAUUUCUUCUUCCCACAAAAACAAAACCACCACCACCACCACCAAAGUGUCAUCAUUCAAGCCUCAUCUUUCUCUCCACCUUUUAAUGUUUUUAGUUUAUGUUUGUUGGGUCGAAGAACGAUGAUUAAGAGAUAGUGCUUGAUUCUGAAGGUUGGGUUGUGGGUGGAAUUUGGUGUUCUUUUUGCCAGUUAUUCAGAUAGGAAAAGCAUGGAUAGAAUGAUUCAGCCUCCAUUGGUUGAUACAACGGCUUGUUUAUGUAGAGUAGAUGCUGGGCUCAAAACUGUUUCUGGAGCGAAAAGAUAUGUACCCGGUACAAAGCUGUGUCUCCGACCUGAUAUUAAACCAUCCAUUCAUCCAACAAGGAGCAAGCCAACACGUGGUGAUAGGAGCUGUUACCAACCUCCUCUGCUCCCAGGACUCCCCGAUGAUCUUGCUAUUGCUUGCCUAAUACGUGUCCCACGAGUUGAGCACAGAAAGCUCCGCCUGGUCUGCAAAAGAUGGUAUAGACUUUUGUCUGGUAACUUCUUUUAUUCACUCCGUAAGAGCCUUGGAAUUGCAGAAGAAUGGAUAUACAUUAUUAAGAGAGAUCGAGAUGGAAAAAUUUCUUGGCAUGCCUUUGAUCCCGUGUACCAGCUCUGUCAGCCACUCCCUCCUGUCCCCAAGGAAUAUUCUGAAGCCCUUGGUUUUGGAUGUGCUGUCCUCAGUGGUUGUCACCUUUAUCUGUUUGGUGGUAAGGAUCCCUUAAAGGGAUCAAUGCGACGAGUCAUAUUUUACAGUGCCAGGACAAACAAAUGGCACCGUGCCCCAGAUAUGCUUCGUCGAAGACAUUUCUUUGGUUCAUGUGUUAUAAACAACUGCUUGUAUGUUGCUGGUGGAGAGAAUGAAGGGGUACAUCGAUCAUUAAGGUCUGCUGAGGUAUAUGAUCCCAACAAGAGUAGAUGGUCUUGUAUUUCAGAUAUGAGUACGGCAAUGGUGCCCUUCAUUGGGGUUGUAUACGAGGGGAAGUGGUUCUUGAAGGGGCUUGGAUCUCACCAACAGUUGAUGAGUGAAGUCUACCAACCCGAAACAGAUAGCUGGUACCCCGUCUAUAACGGAAUGGUUGCAGGCUGGCGGAACCCUUGUACUUCUCUAAAUGGGCAUCUUUAUGCUUUGGAGUGCAAGGAUGGUUGUAAGCUAAGGGUUUACGACGAAGUGACUGAUUCUUGGAGUAAGCAUAUUGACAGUAGGAUACAUUUGGGGAAUUCUCGAGCUUUGGAAGCAGCAGCUCUCGUUCCACUCAACGGGAAACUCUGCAUCAUUAGGAAUAAUAUGAGCGUAUCUCUGGUCGACGUUUUGAAAUCCGACGAUCUGAGGGGAGCUACUGCUGAACAUUUAUGGGAAACUAUAGCGGGGAAGGGUCAGUUCAAGACCUUGUUUACAAACCUUUGGUCUAGCCUCGGUGGCCGGAACCGGCUGAAGAGCCACAUUGUUCACUGCCAGGUUCUUCAAGCAUGAUGACUGUAAAUUUUGUUUCCUCGUGCCUAUCGGCAUCUCUUGGAACGUGCCGUGCACGCAUAAAUCCGCCGUAGUAGCUGCCUGUCAAUGUCGAAGGAUUUGGAUACACCAUAAGGUAUGGAAUGGGGAUUAGUGCGAGGGGUUACAAACAUUUAUAUAAUACACUUCUUGUUAAAAUGUAGAAAGCUUGUUCACUUGUUCUUCAGCUUUUUCACCAUUUAAGCACGAAAUUUUCAACAUGGUUGAAGGCUUCUGUUUCUUGUAUUCA